AUGUUGAGUUGGGACAGCGAGGAGUUCAACUUUGUCGGCCUUGCACGGAGCCCUGUCAAGCGGACGCCCCGGACGUACUACGACGACGAUGGCGCAGUGAUCAAGACCGAAGAGCCUUUCUCCGGCUCAACGACUGACCGCAUGUCCACGGGGAGUGCUCGCUCGGCCGGGUACUCCUCAGUUGGACCUGCAAGCAGCGCUCGCCAUCGCCAGGCUCUCCAGCCGAUGGCCGAAAACAGCGUGUACACGCCCGCUCCUCCUUCCGCGCUGGACAGCAUGGUCAACAUCAUCUCGACCUCCAUUUCCUGCAACAAGAAGGCCCUGACGGCAAGUCGAUCCGGCCUACCCGUGUCCCGGACGCUGAAGCUGUCGCCUGCGGACACCACGCGCACCACGGCGGGCGAGAAGAGAGAUCAAUCGGUGUUGGUUAGGGCGGGCACGCCUGCGGCCGCCGUCAGCAGGGGGCACCAGCGGCAGGAGCAGCAGGAAUCGGUGUCGCCGGCCGGCAACAUUCCUCACGGUGAUCACACUCACCGCUCGAUGACCCGGUCUGCUCUCCUCUCCGCCCUGGAUCACUCACCGUACACUCCCCAGCAACAGCACCAACAGCAAGGAUCUCCUGUUUCACGCGACGACAGUUCGCGAAGAGCAACACAGGCCGACAACAACGCGGCCUCCCCGUCUUUCUCUUCGGACAUCCCCACCGGGAUCAAGAAGGCCUCAUCCCCGUCUUCUCCGCAGGCCUACGCCGAGCACCACGACCACGAUGGCCCCUUGACACCGUCCUUCCUUGCGCCGGCAGCGAGACUCGGCGAAACGGGCUUUACCGACGACGAGCGCAGCCGUACGUGGUCUGAGUGCUCCUUCACCAACGCGGUGUUCUCCCCAGACCCGGCCACCCCCACCGUGGCGCAAGAGAGUCGAGGCGGCAACACCGCCGUGGGCAGCGGCGGCAACACCACCGUGGGCAGCGGCGACAGAGGUGGGGUGGCCAGAGGUGGGAUGGCCAAAGGCGAAGAAGGUCAGGGCGCUAGGGCGACGCCGACUCUGCUGCAGAGAAGGACUAGCAGCCCGCCUGCGUCGGAGAUCGCGUACACCCGCGACCACACCACUACCGCUCACACCGCGUGCACCCCGGCAGCCGUGUCGGCACUCGUGCGAAUGGGCGGCCGCUCCGUGGCAGCGGAGACACCCGGGAGCGGAACAGCUGCGAACAGGUACCGCGGUUUCAUUGCGCAGAGCCCGAUCGCGCUUUCCGCCACCGCGAAGAAAGAAUGCCCCGAGGAGGGAGAGGCGGAAGUGCCGAGCACCCCCGCCGCAGCGGCGACUCUCGCGGCAAUGAUGAAGGGCGCUAGCGCUGGCGUGCGUGGUUCUGAUACUACUGCUGCUGAGGAACAGGGGGUAAUCGCGGGCAAGAACCAGGGCUUUGCCUCCCAAGAAGCUUCAGAAGUACGGCCAAAGGAUGUGGCGAACUUGCGCCAGCGGAGGACAGCGGCUCCCGAGACACCAUCCCGACGAGAGGGCAUGAGUGCCGGGCUACCGAUGAUAACCCCAAGGCGCAGGAAGGCGGCGUCACAGCUUCUCGACCUAAGCAAGGCAACUCCGAGGGGAAUGAUCAGGGGAUUGCUGUCGGGCAACGGCCAUCCCGCCCAGGCUUUGCAGAACAAGCACCAGUCGCACCAGCGCUUCGUGCCCCAGGUGGCUAAGCUGGUGGAGAACGUUGAGGAGGAGACUCCGCGAGCGCUGCUGAAAGGAGCUUGCGUUCGCGAAGACAACCGCUCUCGGUGCAAGUCCACAUCCGUUGCAGAAGCUGCCGCCGCUGCCGCUGCCGCCGCAGCUGCUACCUCGGCGGCUGCUGUUGCCGCGGCGGGUUCCGCGGACGGGGCAGGCGGCUUCGUGGAGGGUCGCGAGGCGGGCGACACUAGUGCCGAGCUAGUCGCGGACCAAGCCCCGUGUUCGGUACCCGCACACCCUGCGGCUUCCGCACCCAGCCCCCCCUCCGCUGCCUCCGUAGCCGUGGUUCACCAUGGUGUUUCUGCGAUGAGAGCGGGGAGGGUGUUCGUGAAGGCGGUCCUGGUUCUCAUCCUGCUGGCUCUGCUUUGCGGGGCUUUGGUGGUCGUGGCGGAUGUUGUUGUCUUCGUUUGCCUUGCUUUCACCGACCCGACACCAACCCAGCCCAUCUACUAACAGAGAAAUGAGGUGAUGCUGGUGUGAAGGUUGACUACUGUGCAAUAAAUGUUUUCGGUGGGAGUAUGCGAAACACACCCAUAGGACAGUGCGAGCAACUAGGUUGUCAAAGCUACUCAAUGCGUGGCAUUCACAGGUCCUGCGCCAACGCUACCCCAGUCGUUGUGGUUUCAUUUAGUGCGGUUGCUUGCUGAAAUUAGGCUUGACGGUUGCGUCGAUGCCGCCUCCAUGUUUCGAUUUUGCUGAGAUGGCUCGUUAGUCGCGU